UGCACGGCGGCGGCCGGCCUCACGGCGCGGUCGACGUACUCCCCGACGCCCUCGAGCGCGUCCCGCGGGGCGCGGAUCGGGCGCACCGCCGCCUCCUUCGCCGGGAGCCUCGCCUGGAUCUCCCUAAGUGGGAGGUGGACAACGAGUCGCUUCCGCGCCCGCGCCGCGGCGGUGCCCGACGCCGCGGCGCCCGCCCGCGCGGGGCCGCUUCGCCGCCGGCGGCGACGCAGCUUCAUUGACGCCAUUCGCGACCGGCCGCCGCCCUCGCUUUCUCCCGCGUCGCAGCCGCCGCCGCCGCCUUGUCGCCCGCCGCCUACUCUCUCGCCUCUCCCCGGCAUCGUCUGCCUCAGCCGCCGGCCGGCUUGCCGCCUCGUCGCCCCAGCCGCCGCCCCAGAAGAGAAGAGAAGAGAAGAGAAGAGUGAGAGAGAGAGGAGGGAGAGAAUAGGGAAAGAGAGAGGCUGAUGUGGAUUGUCUGACAUGUGGGGCCCACGUGGUUCCCACGCUGACUCAGCUGCCACGUCGGACAAAACCGGUGUCAAAACCACCGAGGGAACGGUUUUGUUAGUUGAGGGAUGCCGGUAUCUGGUUUUGCGAUUGGGGGACGAUUUUGUAUCUCGAUGACAAGUUGAGGGACCUUGGGUGUACUUUUUCCCAGUUCACUUGACAGCUCGCAAGGAUCCAUAUGACAAGAAGGCCACGUUUUGCCAUGGCGGGUUCAUCUCGUUUGGAGAUGGGCCUCUGGGCCUCAUAGGCCGAUACCCGAUAGGCCGUAGCAUCUCCGGGCUGUGAAUUAUUCGGCCCAUACCAUGCGAUACGGCAAUGCACACUGCACGUUUGUUCCUUCCACGAACCGAUCCCCUCUUCCUGGCAAGUCGCAACGCCGCCGAACGGCACGAAGCUCUCCAAUGCCGCCGCUGCCCCGCCCACCGCCGACACCGACCUCGGCCGCACCAGCUCCGUGCCCUCGCCAGAUCGCCGCCGUCGUGCUGAACCACCCUUCGUCCGCCCUCACGCCGGCCUCGACGCGCUCCCUCUCGGCGUCCCUCCUCGCCGUCGCGCCGUCGCUCCCGACCCCCGUGGCCGACUCCGUCCUCAAGCUCCUCUGGCACCACGCGCCGCGCGCGCUCCUCUUCUUCCACUCGCUCCUCCACCUCCCGCCGCGCGCGCACGCCGUGGGUCCCUCCACGCUCGACCUCGCGCUCGACCUCUCCGCGCGCCUCCGCCGCCCGCGCCAGCUCACCAACUCCAUCCUCGGCCUCUUCCCGCGCCACCGCCUCGCCUUCACCCCGCGCACCUUCCCCAUCCUCUUCGAGCGCCUCGCCGUGUCGCAGCGCCGCCCCGACCUCGCCGUCCGCCUCUUCCUCUCGCUCCACCGCUCCCACCGCGUCGCGCAGGACCUCCCCCUGUUCAACUCCCUCCUCGACGCUCUGUCCAAGUCGCGCCACGCCGGCAAGGCCGCCUCCCUCGUCCGCGCUCUUGAGCAGCGCUUCACCCCCGACGUGGUGACGUACAACACGCUCGCCGACGGAUGGUGCCGCGUCAAGGACACCUCCCGCGCGCUCGACGUGCUGCGGCUGAUGGUCGAGUCCGGUAUUGCCCCCACGAAGACCACCUAUAACAUCAUCCUUAAAGGCUUCUUCCGUGCUGGACAGCUACGGCACGCAUGGGACUUCUUCCUCCAGAUGAAGAAGAGGGGGAGUAAAGACGAGAGCUGUAAGCCCGACGUCGUCUCGUACACUACCAUGGUUCAUGGGCUGGGUGUUGCCGGGCAGCUGGAGAAAGCUCGCAAGGUGUUUGAUGAAAUGGCUAAAGAAGGGUGUGCUCCAUCGGUUGCUACCUACAAUGCGCUUAUUCAGGUGAUCUGCAAGAAGGGUAAUGUGGAGGAUGCAGUAACGGUGUUUGAUGGUAUGCGUGUUAAGGGCUAUGUCCCUAACGUGGUUACAUACACUGUGUUGAUCCGAGGCCUCUGCCAUGCUGGGAAGAUUGACCGAGGUUUGAAGCUGUUGGAGAGGAUGAAGAAUGGAGGCUGCGAACCCAUCGUUCAGACAUACAAUGUUCUUAUAAGGUAUUUAUUUGAGGAAGGGGAGAUGGAAAAGGGUUUGGAUUUGUUUGAGAAGAUGAGUAAAGGAGAGGAGUGCCUGCCCAACCAAGACACAUACAACAUCAUAAUAAGUGCUAUGUUUAUGCGCAAGAGGGCUGAGGACAUGGUACUGGCUGCAAGGAUGGUGGAAGAAAUGGUGGAUAGAGGUUAUCUGCCUAGAAGGUUCAUGUUCAACCGUGUGUUGAACGGGUUGAUGCUGACAGGGAAUCAGGAGCUUUCACGGAAACUCUUGAGAAUGCAAGAGAAAUAUAGACGUUUGCAACGAGAAAUAAGACUGUAAUUGACAUUUGAUGUUCUCGAAACAUUUGAGAUUAUGUUCAUCCUGAGGCUUAGUUACAGAAGUGAAUUCUUGCCUUCAGAGCACCAUAUCAGUUUUAAAAGUACUCAUAGGUGGUCCUAUGAUGAGUCCAACUGCAAAUAUCACUUGAUUAUUGUCUUUGAGCGGGCUCCUACAGAGAUUUUUUCUUUAUCUCUACUAGUGCAAUUGCAGUUUGGAAUGAUAGGUUCCAAAGCUGUGUACCAAAUGAUUUAUGGUGACUGGUAAGGACCUUCAAGCAUGUUUUUGAGAUGCAAACUUGUUAUCUAAAAAGAACUGCCACUGUCAGGUUCUGAUCAUUUGUUGUCAA